UGAAGUUGCUACGGUUAGAUCGAUCAUGGGCAACAACGCGUGCUCGAAAGGUCCGAUUCAGCGCGACGUGCGGCCAUUCCUCCCCACUGCAUGGGACGAGCUGAUGUCGCUGGAGAGAUGGGCGACGUCAAGAAACCUCCAUUUCAUCCGCGACAAGGCCACUCUUGUCGAGUGGUUCGGGCCUAAGCGGCGCCAAGACGUCGUCGACGCCGUGGACCGUCGAAAGGAUUUCUUUGCGUUUCCGUUGUGCGUCAAUGACUUUUUAGCUGGCUUCGCGCUGGUCCAGCAGGCGCCCGUGCUGCGCAAGUUUGAAUUCAUUUCGAAAUUGGCCAACACUGGUGCGAUGUGCAGCAAGCCCGAGCUGUUGCUAGCCAUGUGGUUUGGUGUGCGCGGUAUUGCCAAGCUGAAAGGAUCCAAGUUGCCACCGGACAAAGCGUUGCGAUGCAUCGCCAAUAAUGUGCUGAACAGCAAGCCAAGCUUGGACUGGGCCGCAGUGAUUCAGAAACUCAUGGUCGUCCCGGACGUCGUGUUCUUCUUGUGUGACUUGGAUAUGGUGCUGGUGGAGAACCUCGAGACACUCAUCGCCGACCAACUGCAUGGGAUGAAGCAACUUGCUGCGAUCGAAUAUGAAAUCGGCGUCGCAGCAGCAACACGCAAUACCACGACAGCUCAGUCAGAUCCAAGCCCAUGCGACUACGCCAUACCGCCACCACCACCACGUCGACCUGUGCUGGAAUGGUUGGGCCUGUCCUCCAACCUCCGAACCACCACCUCGUCUGGGCAAUCGAAGCGAGUUCAAGUGCCCAAUGUCGACAAAUGCUGCCGGCGUAUUCAGAAUGCGUUCAAGGCUGCAAAUACCCCCACCAGUGACUCGACGCGCACCUUGUCGCUAGAGACUAGCUUGCGCUUCAACGUUCGCCGCCUCCAAGAACUCGUAUUGAUGGCCACGGAGAACUCUAUCGCAAUGUCCGACGUGGAGGCAGAGCAUCAUCUGGAGCACUUUUCAAAGGACCAGCUGGAGCGCAUUGCGUGUUCCGACAUGCUUCGGUGGUUCAAACAAUGGACCGCCGACCAGAACCGAGAGACGCCACCAAAAUGGCAAAUCGCCGCCACGAGUUGUGUGGACAUUUGUCGAUCGGCUAGCUCGUGGUGGCGGCGCCUUGUGUCCAGCGUGCGCGACACGUUUGGCAAAGGGGGCCAGCCAUCCGUUGAACAACGACAUGACGUGAUCGAUUUAGAAGCUCCGCAAGAAUCCAACUACAGUUUUCUCGUACAUAUCGAGGCGCCACGUUCUACUCCGUUUCAAGGACGGCCAGACGAGGCCACCACCACCACUACCACCAACGACCAUGCCGCGGCUACCCUAUCUUGUCGAUUUGAAUUCAAAGAAAAAGCAGCCGACGAUAAACACCCCAGUACGGCACCCAACUCGGUCGACAUUUUGGACCAAAUGCAACUGGACGACGACGAAGUGCUCGAGACUGGAUUCCCCAUGGCUUUCACCAUGGAAUUCUUGUUGUGGAAGUCUGUCACAGACGAGUCGGCUGCGUUACUCGCCAGAGUUGUUGGUCAAUUGCUCAACGACUAUAUCGUGUUGGAAGCAUGCUCAUUCCUGUGGCAAAAAGCCAACGUGAGUAUUGUGUACGGGUACCGCGAGCAUGCGACAAAGUCCAUGCCACAGACGGCGUCGGACAAGUAUUAUUUACGCAUGACGUUUCUCAUGCGACACAGCGUGUUUGGCGACGUCGAGAGUGCCUUGCACGACAAGCUCCAGAAUCUCUUCCAAACCCUUCACUUUGAACUGACCCUUGAGAAUUCAUUUGACGAGUUGUUGGCGUACUCUACGUCAGCAGCUGCAGCCAUGAUGACCAGUCUGUGGCCUCCCCAUGCACCAGAUCAUCACGAGAAUGACACGAAUAGCUCGGUUCAACACCUGUUUCAGCGCAUGGACAGCAAUGGAGAUGGCGAGCUGUCGCUAGAUGAAGUGAAUGCGUUCCAACAAAGCAUGGACCAGUCGGUCCUUGGCACGGCCGCGCAAUACCAGCACCUGAUCACGUCCAAUAACUUGCCGCACAACCCUCAAACAGGCAACUUGACAGCCCCUGGCCUCGACGCGUACUUUGAAAAAUUCGGCGGCUUGCAAUCAGCAUAUCAAAGCUUACACAUUGGGUGUCUCAAUGAUAUCCUCCAUGGGACUCUGUCUGUGGCCACAUCGCUCAACCGCCACGCCUUGUCGAAGCUCCAGACGUUUUUUGCAUCGUGCUCUCCAUUGCACAACAUCGCGGCUAAGUGGGGCCUCUUCACUGCACUGCAACUCACGGAUGUCAGCAUGGAGCUGACGUUCCCCAAUGCGAUGGCAUGCUUGCGGUUUCUGUGGCCACACGCGCGUUGCCCGCUGCUAGAAGUGCCGGGAUGGCUCGCAGCGGUCGUGGCCGACUUCCGAUCGCUGCUGUCCACCCAACACACCCACAUGGACGCAUCUCCUUCGUGCGUGAAUCUCCUUUGUGCUAUCGAAACAUCGUUGCAGCGGUACAUGACGCAGCAAGCCACCGGUUCCAAGGCGGCAAUAGCAUCGGUCGAGCCAAGUAUUGCUCUCACGAUGCAAACGAUUGAAAAGUUUAGAGAUGCGUGGCAAAUGUGGGAGAGCUCCGUGUGCGGUCUGCAGCAGCUGGUGCUAUCCAACCGUGACGUGGCAUGCCGGGUCGAGCUAGAUCAUUUCGUACGCCCGCCUCGUGUGUAGCCAGCCAUAAUACUACUAACGUUAGUUUACGUACUCAUGCUUUUAUAUUAACGGAAAAUUACUACCCUGGGGACUCUUAAAUACUCGAUGUGUGUUGCUUGUCUUUUCGCUUGGCCUUUUUGGUCGUCUUGCUUUUGGGUCGAUGGUGGCUGUUCAUGGUGGCGGUGGUGGUACCAAACGGAGCUGGAUACACAAACCGACUGCGGGGCGGCGGCGGCGGCGCCGGGUGCGAUGCCGGCGAGGUGGCCAGACGGACGCGGUCGUCCCGCGCCGCCUCUCGUCCGUGUGCAAACACAAACUCGGGCAAUGACUCCCACUGCAACAACGUUGUGGACAGCGUCAUCCCCGGCGCGCGCACACCAAACUGCUGCAAGUCGGUAGCUUCAAAGAACCGGAUGGUCUGGCCAAUGGUGGCUUCCAUCUGCGGGUCCAAGAAUAUACUCCUAUUGCCAGGGACGCGUGCUUUGAACUCGAGGCCGAUAAACACAGAUUCACGAUGCAGACACUGCCCAUCACUACCGCCCUCUCCCCCGUCCGGCGAUGAGUUGCCGACGGGGUGGGGAAAGUGGGUAGGCAGCGCGUGCACGUUGCACAUGCCUUCGACAUGUUGCAGUCCGUCCACGAGCUUGCGCACUCGCGAGUGCACGAACUUGCUCCAGAUGCACAUGUCGUCUCUAGUGUUGGCACUGUACGACAAGCCUAAGUACACAUCGUACCGGACAAAAAAGUUUGUCGGCGCAAACAAGUCGACCCACUUGGCACGUUUCACAUCCGCGUCAUUGGCGGCAUGGGCCGCCAAGUCGGCGAAGUGCCGCGCGCGCCACAGUUCGUCGUACAUGACUUUGAACGUUGUGUGGGAAACUUGCACCGCCGAGUUCAUCGGCGGGUACGCCGGCGUGAUGAUUGGCAUGAGGUGCGUCCGAUCAAAUACAUUGAGCCGCGGGUCCCAGCUCUCGAGGCCGAGGCCAGCGUCGUACAGCACGUUCAGCAUCACGGGCUGGGGCCACGCCCACUCGGACAUGACGUGGAAGAACCUGACAAACACCGACUCGCAGUCGGUUUCCUGGGGGUACAUCUGACACACGAACGCCACGAGGAUAGUCCAGCUCACGCCGCCCAGGUACCCCCACUUGCUCGAGUAGAUGCCCCGCGCUUUAGCCCACGCCCGAAUCGCCCGAGCCACGGCGCGAAACACGGCGGGCUGCGGCACCAACCGCAGCAGCAGGGUGCUCACGCGCGGCGCGUUGAGCGACUUCAUGGACGCCGGAUCCACCCCCGCCAAGAUGUAGUCCGAGUCAAUAUCUUGCGACGGCAGCACCGUGGGCAUGGGCACGCGGGCGAACAGCACAUCCAACGCCACAUUGUCGUACACUAGCGCCAGCAGCGGCACGAACGCGUUUGAGACGGGCGUCAAGCUCGACACUGCCGGACAAGAUCGCAGCAGGUCCACAAAUGACCCGAAAAAGUCGGCGUGGGUCACGUGCCAAGGCGCGACGGCGACCGUGUCAAUGUCUGAGGACGGAUCGUCGAUAGCCAGGCGGUAUGAACCGGCCGCAAACAAGGCGCCGCUCGUGAGCGCAAUGUGCUCGGGACUCAACCCCCGCUCGACCCCCACGCGCUUGACCCACGACGCCACCAGCGUCGACAACGCCCGCAGCACCGUUUGUUUGUGGCGCCGGCCUGCGACAGAGUCUUUGGGCGCCAUCGCAUCUACAAACGCUGUCAAGGCAGAGUUCGCCACUACAUCGACGGGAACGGUGGGAGAGAGGGGGGUGUUGUCUGGAGCCGUAGCCGCUGUCGCCUUUGAGCCGAGGUUGUGCACGGCGGGGGUGAGGUGGCAGUGCCGAUACAAGAUAUCCCGGGCCUCUUCAAACGCCCCCCGGCCAAUCAAGUGGUACAGCGUCUGUUCGGUGGAGUUGGACACGACGCCGCGGGCGGUGGCUUGCUCCACGGACCACAUCAACGCGUUCGCUUGGUUGGCCAAUCGCUGGGCUCGAAAGUCGUCGGCCAGACGAGCCAAUAUGACAGGAUCUACGUCUUCGUUGGAUGGGGCGCAGGUGCACUUGGACGAAGGAAUUGCGGCGGACAUGCGGCUGCUUUGCGGCAUGAAACUGCCUUGUGUGGAAUCCGACGCCAUGGGGCAAUGACAGGAUGGAAGGGGGCUGGGAAGAGAAAGAUGGGGAUCCAGCAGCGGCGGCGGCGGCGGGCUUUUCAACGAGUCGACGGAGGUACUCGUCGUGCGCGGACUCGAGUUGUAGCUGGACAAGACGGUCGUGUCUGACGAUCCAUUGCUGCACACUUCGUCCAAGUCGUCGUCGUCGUCGAUGGAAGGUUCAUAAGGAGGCACUGGCUUGUUCAAGGUGUCGUCUUCUUGCAGAUCGGACGCGAAUUUCAUGGUGGGCAUCCACCCUGGAAGACUCAUGGCGCGCGAUGCACGCGGGGUGGAUGACGACGACGGCGAUGAUGAUGAUGCAUGGUUGUUGAACACCAUGUUCCAGAUAUGUUCACGGGCUUGGGUUUGCGAUUCUAAUGCAGUCGCAUCGUCUACUCGUGAACUGGACGGCGACGACGGCGGUGUGGAUUCAUAGCGCGCGGGUUUCAGCACAGAUUCUUCAGACAUGGCCCUUCGUAUUCGAUGGGAACCAGAAAGAUGCGGAGGUUCCUCGAUGCUAUGCGAUCGGACGGGACUUGAUGGAGAGUCCUCACUGUCACUCUCCCACUGCUUGCUGCGCGUCGACCAAUUCGUCUCGAUCGUAGGAACUUCAAGGACAGGAAGCUUCGUCGGCAAGUUCAUUACAAUCGAGGAAACGGGGGGUGCCGGAGGAGCUUGCAUAUUAGGAGGCGUCAAAGGCAGAAAGAAGUCACCAUCGCCAUGCCUCUUUCGCCUUGAAGACGACGUGCGCUUCUUCGAUGCAGCUGUCGGACGUCCCGACGAAAGUGUCGGCCACGCUUCGUCAUCGUCCGAGGCUGCAUUAAGGCCCAACAGGUCCACAGGGCGCGCCAGAGCGGCAGAGGGUUUUCCCCACGCGAACAUGUCUGGAAGAUGUGUGGAUCUUGGUCGAAAUGCGUCGAAGGUCGUCGUCGGCGGCGGCGGCGUGGUGCAACGCGUGCCAAAAUGUGUCAAU